AUAACCCUGCCCUGUCAGUGCUAUCCGACCAUCCUUUUCCGGGCCUUUAAAUACGUGUCCCAUCUCCACCUUCUUCCAACCAGACACCACACAGAGAUAGCGCCGCUGCCCCUCCAAGAACUGCCCUCCCUCCCUCCUCACCUGACCUUGUGCAGAGAAGACAGAGAGCAAGCAAUGGCGGCCGGGAAGAAGCAGCAGCAGCAGCAGCAGGAGGAGGAGGAGGGCGUGAUGGCUGCCGCGACGACGGAGCCGACCGUGGCGCGGCGGCUGUGGCGGGUGGUCCGCGCCGUGCUCUACAUGCUGCGCCGUGGCCUGCCGUCGGGCCGCAAGCUGGCCAUGGACCUCCACCUCCUCCUCCACCGCGGCAAGGUCAUCGCGGGGAAGGCGCUCGGCGACCGCUUCCUCGCCUCCCACCACCACCACGGCCACGGCCAGGGUCGUCACGCCUUCUCCUCCUACGCCUCUGGCGCCGGCGCGGCGGGCGGGACGUUCUCGUGCGGCGCGCUGGACCCGAGCCUGGCGGUGCACGAGCCCUCGCGCAGGCGGCGCGAGGUCGAGUUCAGCUGCAGCAACACGCCGUCGUCGGCGUCAGGCGGGGGCGCCCUCGGCCUCCUCGGCGCCGCUGCCAGGCGCCGUCGCCGACGCCGGAGCAGCAGCAGCCGCCAGCAGCAGCAGCAGCACCGCGGCGACGAGGCGGAGGACGGCGGCAACGGGUACCUGAUGCAGUACUACAACGGCUACGACGCGGCGGAGGUGGCGCGGGUGUUCGAGAUGCUGAGCGACGAGGACGGCGAGGGCGAGUACGACGACCACCGCCGGCUCUUCUUCAGCGACGACGCCGCGCCGGGCGCCUCUUCGGCGACGACGACGCCGUCCCCCGCGCAGUCGUCGCAGGCGUUGCGCCUGGCGUGCAGCAGGCAGCAAGCGCGUCUCGCCGCCGGGUCGCCGUCGCCUUCGGACGGCGGCGCUUCAGCUGCUGCUGCUGCCCAGGUGGACCGGCGCGCGGACGAGUUCAUCCGGCGGUUCUACGAGCAGCUGCGCGCGCAGAGGAGCGCCGCGUCCACACCCGACUACUACGGCUACGCUGCCGGUACCAGCCCCUACGCCACCGCGCGCCCGCCUCGGCCCGUCACCGCCGGCAUCGCGUAGUGGGCCGGCCGACGGCCGUCUGCAUUGAUUGAUUGGACAAGAAGGACGCCGCGCGCCGCCGUCCGUGGUCCGUUCCAGUGUGGCAGCCAAGCUGCAUGAGCCUUCUGCCGGCCGCCGGGUCCCGCCGCCGUCCUGCUUCUACAAUCUACACCCAAUCGGCUUAAAUGUUUCUUUGCAAGUAGAUUAAGGACACACGGGCUUUAAUUUUUUUUUUUGUUUGGUGUGUGUGUCGUCCCUGAAUGCUCUUUGUGGUAUACAAGUGUUUGUUACCAUGCAUCUCCCUCCCAUAAUCUUGGUCAUAAUUUUACUAAUUCUGUUGGUUGGCUACUAGCUAGCUUUGUAACUAGCGCAGAAUGAAGAAUGAAAGGAGUGGCAUUGGUGAUUA